GCAAAGCAGACGACGCCAUUGAUGUCAACAAGAGAAGGCGUCAUUGAGUUUAGUGAUGAAGGCUACAUUUCCUCCCUUCCCUUAGCUCCGUCACACGUGCCACGUGCCACACUGCCGCAGGGACGCCCCGCCAACAUGCACUCACGCUAGAUGAUGGCAGCGUGACCCUACACUACAGAAACAAGAACAACUACCAUGAGGGUGACGGGAGGCUUGGUGAUGGUGGUGGUGGUGGUGAUGGCAGUGGUGGUGAUGGUGGUGACGGCAGCCGAUGGUGAUGACGAGGUGAACUUGAUCUCAACACGUACCAACAUGUCUGCAGACAGGUGUGCCAGCCUGCCCAUCCCGCAGGGGCAGGUGUUGCCUCACAAGCGUUCCUACCUGGUGGGGGAGAUGGUGACAGUGAGGUGUGCCAGGGGAUAUAUGUCACGGUGGAAGGUGGUGUGUGGCCCAAAGGGAGUGUGGCACACCCCUGAUGGAUUUCCCAUGAUACCUCGCUGUAGAUACGUGCAGUGUGGGCCGCCUGACGACAUCCCUCAGGGCAAGGUGGAGGUGCUGAAGUCCCCACCACUGUACAUGGGGCCAGGGCGGGUCAGCACAAGGGUCGGGGCAGCGGGGAAGGGCGGGGAGGUGUGGUACCCAGAGAACAGUGUGGCGCAGUACUCCUGUGAGGCGGGGUACAGACUACUGACAUCCCACACCUCAUACUCCAGCCAUCUGUCUCAUCAUCUCACUUGCCGCCAUGGGGAGUGGCAAGGAGAGCUGCCCCAGUGUGUGAGCCAAGGAUGCCGAGCCAGAGAGCCAGUGAUGAAUGGAUAUUACUUUGAGAUCACAGGGUCUUGGGACGGCCAGGAGUACCCAGCCAACGCAAGGGUCCAGUUUGUCUGCCACACUGGGUACGUCUUGAGUGGGCCAGACCAGUUCACCUGUGAGAAGGGAGGUGUUUGGGUGCCCAGGAAGGAGGUGCCCCAUUGUGAACCCCUGCAGGAAUUGAUAGGCGCUGAACUCUGUCCAGUGCCCCCAGAGGUCGCCAACACUGAGCAGAAGUUGGUGCGGGGCCUGGUGACGACGAAGGGGGCUGUAGAAGGGACUGAGGUCUCUUAUAGGUGCCGGCCUCACUAUCGAAACACUCUCGCUCCUUGCGUCACCCAUAUCCUCACUUGCAAGGGGGGAUUGUGGGAAGGGACGUCUCCUAAGUGUGAGGAGUUCUACAGCUGCAUGCCGCCACCCAAUAUACGCCAUGGCACCCUCUCAGACAGUGUCUCCUCCUUCCCAGUACAGGCACAGGUAUACUAUCAAUGCGAAUCUGGGUACAAGCUGAUGGGUCCUUCUGUGGUCACCUGCCAGGAGGACACAGGCUGCUGGACUCCUCGCCUUCUGCCUGUGUGUCGCCGUCUCCACCAGUACAGAGAUGAGCCACUGAGGGGGGACACAUCUAUCCUGGACAUCCACACCAUCCUCGUCGCCACCACUGGGAGUGUCAUUGGCAUCCUGCUCAUUGUGCUGGCCCUCAUCUUGUACCAGCGUGCUGUCAGCCCCAAACUUGUGCGUCUGCGAAACAGCGGAAGCAGCGGAGUGGUGGACAUCCCCCCACCCCCACACCCCCCGGCCAGCCAGCGCCCCACCGCCCCACCCAGACCAUGAUCCAGACAGAGUGGCCCUUAUUGCCUUCCCUGACGAGCAAGGAGUACCACCCACUUACGAGGAAGCUGUACGCCAUCGCCCCGCCAUUUUUGAGCCUCCAGGGGGUGCAGGGGGAGCUGGCAGGUACACUCCCCAUGCCCCCCGCAGCCGGGCACACAGGGUCGGGGUGCCAGGGG